AUGUCAGGUUCUGCGAGCGAGUAAGUCAUUAUUCGAAACUGAUUUCACUGCUCUCCUCUCAAGUGUUUCCGAAUUCAGUGAAGCUCCUAGCCAAAUGAUUCCGUCGUUCCUCCCGCCCGGAGAAUUGCUCGGCUGGAAUCUGACUGUGGUUCCGAAUUCGACAACGAAGAAGAACGAGUACAUGUACACGGUUUCCGUGCAGACCGUCGGCGCCUUCCGCAGCUGUGACGAGCGCGUCGUCAUGGUGAACUGCGACGGUCCGUGCGGAAACAAACUGCCGUCGACGCAUUUGAUUGCGAUGGGAAAGUGCGAUCAUCUGCUGUGCAAGGCGUGCUACGGACUCGUCAAGAAUGCCGACGGUUAGUCGAUGAAAGACGGACUGCUCUGAACGGAGCCGCUUUGCAGGUUCGUACGGAUGCUCGAACUUCUAUUGCUGGGCGGAGCCGCGAGAGAAUUUCCGCAAAGAGAAAGCCAAUUACCGCCAGAUCAUCAACAAGCAAAUAUGCCGUGCAAGAAAACUGAAGCGUGAAGGAGAGGAUGUAAAGACGUGCAGUGAGACGAACCUGCCGCAAACGCCAUCUGGAGAGAAAGGUCGGAAGAGCAGCCAGUCGAGAAGCCUUUCCACGGAUGCCGACUCGACCAGACGCAGUAAGAAGUGA